AUGGGCGCCCACACAAUACUUCCCGACAUACCCGAGGAUGUUCUCAAACAGAUGUUUCAAUUCCUUCCCACUAAAGCUGCCAUCUGCAUGAGCUGUCUUUCUAAGCAAUGGCAAGGCGUCCCCAUAUCAGAAUUUAACGAGGGUGGUGAGCAUGACGAUCGCAACUUUGAUGAGCACAGGAAGUUCAUCAACAUGUUAAAAUUCCAGUUGGUAUUAUGUGAGAAAGAGAAACAAAGACAAACCACCUGGGAUAAAUUCAGACUUCGCAUGACGAGAUACUCAGCUAAAGAUGCCACUAUUGUAUACAAGUGGUUGAAGUUUUCAUUUGAGAGAAGCGUGAAAGAGUUGGAUCUCAGCCUUAGAGGGAGUAGGGUGCAAAAUUACUACUACUUGUGCCGGACCAGCUUUAUCAAUGCAAAAUCUCUAACGAUUCUAAAUUUGGAGUCUGUGAGAAUUAAGAUCAUAAUGGACAUCGACAAAGGUGAGGAGUAUUAUGAGCAAAGACCCGAGAGCCUUCUUCUUCGUUCUUUGAAAACUAUGUCCCUCAAAGAUGUUCAGUUUGAUUCCGAUGCUCUCAUCUCCCUGGUUUGGGACUGCCCUUUGCUCUGA